AUGAAAAAAAUUGCACAAUUAUUGUUCAAGAAUACACGUGCAUCACAAUAGGUAGUUUAGAACGUUGAAGCUGUAAAGACCCCUGUUACCAAUUAAAAUCAUCAUCAUCACCAUCCAAAUCAUGAACAUUCUCAUAAUCAUAAGCAAGUUUAAUAUCCCAAGCCUAAUAUCCCUAAAUCAGUCGCUGAUAAUAUCUCUACAUGCUAGGUUCACGAGGAAAAGGAAUAUCCUAAUGUUAAGGCUCUUGAGAUGUGCAUGUCCUGUGAAGCAGGAAUGUGCUAUAUCUGCGCUAAUGAUCAUAUUGAUACAAAUCAUACUAUAGACUGGGGUUUCGAUAUAUUCAAUGUUAUGGAACCACCAAGAAAUGAAAAAAAUGAGUCAUUUAAUGCAGGCUAUAGGACUUUACUAGAUUUUGAAAAGGCAAAAUGCCCAUGUGGUAAUAAAUUGGUUGGCAAUAAAAACUCUACUAUAUGCGCUGCUUGCGGUAGUGCUACUUGUUCAGCUGAGUGUCAUGAUAUGUUCAUCCAAAGUUAAGGUAAAUGCCUAUUCAUUAGAAAUUUUAUCAAUAAUGAGGAAACAAGAAUGAUACAAAUCUACUAAGAUGAUAAUGACAAGCAUUUCCAGGAUAAUGUCGAAAGACUUUGUCUGUGUGAAUGUGAAAGCUGUUCUAAAAUAAGUCCUCAUCCAGUUCAUAAUUGCUUCUAUCGCUGCAAAAAUAGAUUAAAGAUGGAUGAUAAAACUAUUAGGUAACUUGGAUUGAAUUAAGAUUGUCAUUGCUAGUGCACAGAUUGCUUUUCUAGUAAGUAUCUUAGUUUGCUAAUUUGA